AUGUAUCGGCAGGUGCGUGUGCAUCCGAGCGAUACGCCGUACCAGCGAAUCUUCUGGAGGAAGGACCCGAACGAGCGCUUGCGAGUGCUUGAGCUGAACACCGUGACCUACGGAACGGCGAGCGCCCCGUUCCUCGCAACGCGGUGUCUGGUGGAGCAGGCGGAGUCGGCGAAAGGCCGGUUCCCAGCAGCCGCCAAGAUCGUGAUCGAGGACAUGUAUGUCGACGACAUGCUGUCCGGAGCCAGCAACGAGAAGGAAGCAGUGAAACUUGUGCUGGAAGUGAAGAAGAUCCUGAAAGAGGGAGGUUUCCCAGUGAAAAAGUGGUGCUCUAACUCAGAGCAAGUGCUAAAGUGUGUGCCUGAAGAAGAUCGGGAGAAGCCGAAACCGAUCGAAGAAUAUAGUGCGAACGAAGCCAUUAAGGCUCUGGGUGUCCUGUGGGACCCACGCGAGGAUGAGUUUCGUUUUGUGAACUGUUUGGAAGAGUGCGACGACAAACCAGUUUCGAAGGCGAAAGUGUUUUCGGACAUCCUGAAAGUGUUUGACCUGCUGGGCUUCGUAGCCCCAGUCAUCGUGCUGGCCAAAGUGUUUAUGCAGAAGUUGUGGGCCAGCAAGAUGGACUGGGCUACUGAACUAAACGAAGAGCUUCUGUGUGAGUGGUUCGAGAUUCGAGAGUCUCUAACAGCGCUGAACGACAUCCGUGUGCCACGAUGCGUCGUGGUGCCCAACACGGUUCUGCACGAGCUGCACGGGUUCGCUGACGCGUCGACCGUUGCCUACGGGGCCAACGUCUACCUGCGCUGUAUCCGCGGGAAUGGGUCGGCCGAGGCCAACCUGUUGUGCGCGAAAUCCCGAGUGGCUCCACUGAAGAAGCUGUCCGUGCCGAACCUGGAGCUGUGUGCAGCGCUGUUGCUUGCGCGGCUCGUCGUGAAGGUCAUCGAAACGCUGGAUCUGAAGCUGUCUGCUAUCGAGCUGUAUUCGGACAGCCAGAUUGUGCUCGCAUGGCUGAAGAAGGAUCCGAAUCUCCUGGAGACCUUCGUGCGUAACCACAUCAUCCAGAUCUUCAACCUCACAGGUAAGUUCCGAUGGAAUUACGUGAGGUCAGCCGACAAUCCGGCAGACAUCGUCUCUCGAGGGAUGAGUCCCAAACUCUUGAGUCGGUGUCCGAAGUGGUGGAAGAGUCUUCUACCGCUGACGAGCGCUGCCUAUGUUCCUGAAGAACCCCCCGAACUCGAGGACGACGAGCUGCCAGGGCUGGUAGCCAUCGUCUACAAAGUCACCGUCUUCGAGGAGAUGCCGGUGUUUAAACGGUUCGGCGAGUUCCGGAAACUCCAGCGCGUGAUCUGCUACGUGCGCAGAUUCGUCCAGAACUGCAGGAACAAGAAGUCUGGACAACCAAGGACGACGUGCGCCUACGUGACAGUUCCUGAAACGAGAGCGGCGUUAAAGUCCAUCAUUUGGUCGAUUCAAAUGGCAGCCUUACCAGAUGAGUUUUAUCUAGCGAAGACCGCACAAACAUCCAGCCAGCUCGCGAGCCUGGCACCAAUCGUCGACGAGGACGGUCUGCUGAGAGUCGGCGGACGUCUGGAACAUUCGAGCCUCCCGUACGAGGCUAAGCAUCCCGUGAUCCUGCCCCGUCAUCACGUGACUACGUUGCUGGUCCGAGCGCUGCAUGUGGAGAACCUGCAUGUCGGCCCCUCCGGACUCCUGGCCAUCGUUCGACAACAGUACUGGCCGCUGAAGGCGCGCAACGUAGUUCGCGACGUGACUCGCAAGUGCCUGCAGUGCUUCAAGGCCAACCCACGCAGGAUUGAACAGUUCAUGGGACAGCUUCCAGCGGAACGAGUGAACGUUGCAGCCCCUUCGAGUACACCGGCGUGGACUACACUGGACCUGUGA